AUGUCAGAAGAUCCAGAAAGGCAUCUAGCGUUCCUAGUUCGUGCUCGUUCCGUACUCUACCAAAGCGAUGACAUCACUGCUCAUAUUUUAAUGUUGAUGGUUUCUUUUGCUUUACAAUUCUAUAAGAAUCGCCCAGCGUCUAACAAGAAAGCUACUUUCAUGAGAGCGCUCAUUGCUAAUUUGUUCAUAACAACUCCCUCAAUCAAUGACCCUGUUGUACGACUGAAUUUUUCUUUGCGGACAGUCUACUUAACUCUAUUGGCUAACUCUCGUCCACAGACAGAAGCUCUCCUUCAUUAUUCUCUGCAAACACUGAAUGAUCUCGAUGUGUCACCUGCUCAGUGUCUAUCGCUGUAUUCACAGUUUCUUGCUCUUCUGGUGUUUAUACCGGACAAAUCUAAAGAUUAUGCGUUAUCAAUGUUUAAAGGCUUUGUCAAGAAAUGGCCACCAAACAAUGAGGGUGUCCUUGGCGAUGUAUGGAUCCUGUGUUUGCGAUAUCUCUGGGCAGUUUCUCGCCAAGAAUUCUCUACAAAAUUUACGAAUGUUCAAUCGAAUGACGUCUUCCAUGGCUCGAGUAAGGCCUACAGAAGGAAAUGGCCACCAAACAAUGAGGGUGUCCUUGGCGAUGUAUGGAUCCUGUGUUUGCGAUAUCUCUGGGCAGUUUCUCGCCAAGAAUUCUCUACAAAAUUUACGAAUGUGCAAUCGAAUGACGUCUUUCAUGGCUCGAGUAAGGCCUACAGAAUGUUCAGUGAUGAUGACGAUUUCGUGGAAGAUCUUCUCUCUGACAUUGAUAGCUCACCUGAGAAGCCCAAUACAACGUCAGAAAAGGAACGCUUUUAUGAGCUGAUGAAAAGACAUGAAGAACUUCAAAGGAGGAUGAAUGAUGUAGAUGAGUUGGCCCGACAGGUAAAAUUUGCCAUGGAGCUGCAGAAAGGAAUGAGCGACUGCUAUUCAAAUCGUGUGGCAUCAUUCCCCAUCGAGACCAAUCUGGAGCUGCAGAAAGGAAUGAGCGACUGCUAUUCAAAUCGUGUGGCAUCAUUCCCCAUCGAGGCCAAUCUGGAGUUAAGAUGCUUAGCUUCUGGAUCACUGUUGAUUCUUUUCACUAUUAGAAACAAGACAUCAUGUGAUCUCAAAGAGUGGACGAUCUCUGCAAGUUUUUCACCUACAACAUCGGAUAAUCUAAGCAUAGGCUCGUUGUCACGAAGCAUGGUUUUGCAUACUCUUGCGCCAGGUGAAGAGUUUUCAUCAGAGCUCUUUGUAACCCAACAGCAUCUUCGACUGCCGUUGCUUAUCCGUUUGAAUUUGGUCAAAAACAAGACAUCAUGUGAUCUUAGAGAGUGGACGAUCUCUGCAAGUUUUUCACCUACAACAUCGAAUGAUCUAGGCAUAGGCUCGUUGUCGCGAAGCAUGGUUUUGCAUACUCUUGCGCCAGGUGAAGAGUUUUCAUCAGAGCUCUUUGUAGCCCAACAGCAUCUUCGACUGCCGUUGCUUAUCCGUUUGAAUUUGGUCAACCUUGAUUUCAGUGAUGUCAAUGUCCGUAUUCUCAAGAGUUUGUCGUUUUUUCUCUAUCUGAUUGUCGCUCAGCCUUAUGCGCUUUCGAUGAGAAUCCUCUGGGAAAAGGAGUUCUCACUCAUCAUGAUUGAUAAACGCGAUUCACCAUGA